GGAUCGCUGUAAACAGAGAGACGCCUCUGAGCGCGUCCACUAGACGCAUGUCGCGCGGCGGAGCGAGCACACACCUGAGGAAUAGCGGUGAGAUGGCUGAUCAUUUGAUACAGAUCGAUGACGCUUCUGCCGGAGUCAAUCGAUUCGCGCGGAAGGGAGCUCUGCGACAGAAGAACGUGCACGAGGUGAAAAACCACAAAUUUAUCGCGCGCUUCUUCAAGCAGCCCACAUUCUGCAGCCACUGCACGGACUUCAUCUGGGGAUUUGGAAAACAAGGCUUCCAGUGCCAAGUGUGCUGCUUUGUGGUCCACAAAAGGUGCCAUGAGUUUGUGUCCUUCUCCUGUCCAGGAGCCGACAAAGGCCCAGACACAGAUGACCCCAGAAGCAAGCACAAGUUUAAGAUCCACAGCUACGGGAGUCCCACCUUCUGUGAUCACUGUGGGUCACUGCUGUACGGUCUCAUACACCAGGGGAUGAAAUGUGACACCUGUGAUAUGAACGUUCAUAAGCAGUGUGUGAUGAAUGUGCCAAGCCUGUGCGGUACAGACCACACUGAACGCAGAGGACGACUCUUUCUUACCAUUGAGGUCAGCGGAGACCGACUCCAUGUCACAGUGGGUGAAGCCAGAAACCUUAUUCCCAUGGACCCCAACGGGCUUUCAGACCCAUAUGUGAAACUCAAGCUAAUCCCAGAUCCCAAGAAUGAGACCAAACAGAAGACCCGAACCAUCCGCUCCUCACUCAACCCCACCUGGAACGAAUCCUUUAUCUUUAAGUUAAAGGCCUCGGAUAAGGAGCGGCGUCUGUCUGUGGAGGUGUGGGAUUGGGACAGAACCACCCGGAAUGAUUUUAUGGGCUGUAUGUCUUUUGGUGUUUCCGAGCUCAUCAAAGCUCCUGUUUGCGGCUGGUAUAAGAUGUUAAACCAGGAGGAAGGCGAGUAUUAUAAUGUGCCUAUUCCAGAAGAGGACGACAUUAACAUGGAGAUGAGGCAGAAGUUUGAGGCCUAUCAGUUCAAUAUCCACUUCCUGAAGAAAGCAAGGCUCGGCCCAGGUAAGAAGGUCAUCAGUCCAUCAGAUCACCGGCGCUUCAGUCUGCCAUCUGGAAAUGUGGACAAAGUCCGACUCAAUGAUUUCCAUUUCCUGGCUGUUCUCGGCAAAGGCAGUUUUGGGAAGGUGAUGUUGGCUGAGAUGAAGUCGACUGAGGAGCUUUACGCCAUUAAAAUUCUGAAGAAGGAUGUGGUGAUCCAGGAUGAUGACGUGGAGUGCACAAUGGUGGAGAAGAGAGUGUUGGCCCAGAGAGAGAAGCCUCCGUUCCUCACCCAACUACACUCCUGCUUUCAGACUGUAGAUCGUCUAUACUUUGUAAUGGAAUAUAUUAACGGCGGAGACCUGAUGUACCACAUCCAACAAGUGGGCAAGUUUAAGGAGCCGCAAGCAGUGUUUUACGCAGCAGAGAUUGCUGUGGGACUCUUCUUUCUUCACAGGAAGGGAGUUAUCUACAGAGAUCUGAAGUUGGAUAACGUGAUGCUGGACUCUGAGGGCCACAUUAAGAUCGCAGACUUUGGCAUGUGUAAGGAGAACGUGUAUGAUGGCGUGAUGACGCGCACGUUCUGUGGAACGCCAGAUUACAUCGCCCCAGAGAUUAUUGCCUAUCAGCCGUACGGGAAAUCAGUGGACUGGUGGGCGUACGGCGUUCUCCUCUAUGAGAUGCUGGCUGGGCAGCCUCCAUUUGAUGGAGAGGAUGAAGAUGAGCUCUUUCAGUCCAUAAUGGAGCACAAUGUGUCCUACCCUAAAUCUCUGUCUAAAGAGGCGGUGUCCAUCUGUAAAGGGCUGAUGACGAAGCACCCAUCUAAACGUUUGGGCUGUGGUGCGGAGGGCGAGAGGGAUAUAAAGGAGCAAGCUUUCUUCCGGAGGAUUGACUGGGAGCGUCUGGCCAACAGAGAGAUUCAGCCUCCAUUUAAACCUAAAGUGUGCGGCAAAGCGGCGGAGAACUUCGACAAAUUCUUCACCCGCACACAACCCAUGUUGACUCCUCCGGACCAGCUGGUCAUCGCCAACAUUGAUCAGAGUGAAUUUGCUGGAUUCUCUUUCAUAAACCCGGAGUUCAUCCAUCCAGCGACGCUUCACAGUGUGGUAUGAGACGAUCCGACCGGAUCAAACUACCAAUCCUAUCCACGCUAUUGAGGAACUCGACAAAUCUAGUUAAAUACCCUUUAUCUGAACAUAUCUGAACGGAAGUGAGCUGGAGGGAUGGCCCACUGGAAAUACAGUAUAUCACAAAAGCACGCGUCCACACAUUAAGGGGGGAUACGUUAUGUAGAUGAUGCGAGUUUUGUUUCAAAGCCUACUAAGCAGCCUACUUAAACAAAACUUUCAGGCAUCAUACAGUAUGAGCACCCAAAGCAAAGACUGUUGCAAAAGGAAAUGUCUUUACGCACGCCAAAGGCCAGUAUAUUAAACAAAGCCCACAGAUAUGCUGGAUGGUGGAAAAGGCGAGCGAUCUCUUUUUCAGACCUCAGAUUCUUUGUGUGUAAAGCAUGCUGACAACAACCCAAAAGGUUUUUCUCUCCUUUUCCUAUAUCUCCUCUUUACUGCCAUUUCUAAUGUUCCUGAAUGAUAUAAAUCUAUAUAUAUAUAUUUGUAAAUCUAUAAAGAUAUCUUGUUAUAGGAGUGCCAAAAUACAGAUGCAUCAAGAAGUUUUUAUAUCUAGCUCUAUAUAUGCAUAUUGAUUUCCUACUAGAUAUUUAUACCGUCCCUUAUCUUGACUGACACUGAGCCGUUAUUGCUUUCCGGGCGUGAAAGUUUCAGAUCCGGGCCCUGCGUGCUCCACUGCUUCCCACGUUUUUAACAUAGGCAAAACUUUCUCUUGCGUAUGAAUGGUGAUACCGAGCGAUUCCUCGUCUGUAAUGGACAGACCCACACAGAAUCUGAGCCCAAAGAUUACUGUACAGUAUACACAAACCUCUAUUGCAGUGGUUCUCAAACUGGGGGGCGUGGCCCAGUUUAGAUUUUAUAAAAUACAUCCAUUUAUCAUGAAUUCUGUCUAAUUACAGUUUUUUACAGACACUAGGACACAUUCCUCAAUACUUAGGUCACUUUUGCAAAACUCUUCACACCGUGAGCACAACAGAAGUCUAUGUGGGCUAAACUGAGGAUCAAUUAUCAUUGCUUUGGCACAAAAUGCAUUCAAUGACUACAUCUCUCAAAUUUCAUGAAUUCUGCCAAAACUCUUUGUACGUACAGGACAAUUUGCACAUGCUUACAUACUGUUUUCAAAACUGUUAAACAUGUGUUCAAAACAAUAACAUAAUACAAAACUGAGUAAGACAGCAAUUUGGUACAUUUCUAAUAUUUUAAUGAAAUAUAUUUGAAAUCUUAAAAAUAAAUGCUAUAAAAACAAUUGGCCAAAUGUAGAAGACAGAGUAGAUUAGCAUUACUAUUGUAUCUGUAUCAGUGGAUGAUGUGUAUACAAAUUCUUGUAUUUUGGAAUUACUUGGAGUGCAAAAUAUAAAAAUAAACUACAUAAAAUAUUGAAGAAUUCUGCAUCAUGUAAACAGAAAAAACAUUGUAUAAGGCUACAUGUUGUUAGUGUUUUUAGGUCAUUGUUUUGUGGGUGACAAAGUGUGUUUGUCGACUGUCAACCUUUGCUAGUGUUCUGGAAGUGAGUUGAUUUGAGACCUGAAUAAAGUGUUUUGGUAGUUGUAGAGCAUUUUGGAUGUAAAAUGAACUGCUUUGCCAAGCUGAAGUUGGUUAGGAGAACUGUGUGAAGAGUUUUGCCAAAAUGACCUAAGUAUUGACAAAUGUGUCCUAGCUUCUGUAAAAAACAACUGUAACCCUCAUAAGGCUACUUACCAACAGCACUACAUUGUGUAAUUUCAUAUAUUUUGUUUAAUUCAAGUUUUGGAACAUGUAUGGAUGCAUCGUACACGCAGGUGGGGGGGUCACGCCGAAAAGUUUGAGAACAACUGCUCUAUGGGACUGAGACAAACCUCCACACAGACAGCACUAUUAUGUCUUCAUUUAUUAAAUAUUUUGUCUACUCUACCAAAAUGUGUAACACUCUUUGUUUUAACAUGAAAACGUAUAUUUUGUUUAAAGACAGUGAAGAUGAAAUGUGUGUGGUGUAAGCACAUCUUCCCAAACUCUGUGCUUACAGUAGUGUUAAAAAGUCAUUCUCAUCAUUUUCAUGCGAAAUUGUUUAUUAAUCCUUUCAGUUACAUUAAUUCCUGAUAGUCCUAAGAAAUAAAGUUAAGAGAAUCACUAUGAGAAUAAUGGAAAUUAUACAUUUACAAAAGAUCUGAUAUCCCUGGAAAUAGUUGUAUGUGUUAUUGAAAAUGAAAGUCAGAGUAAACCUCUGCAUUAUUAUAAUUUAUUAUAACAUCAUAAACAUGUUUAAUUUUUUAUUUAAACAGUUUUUUUAAGAAAUGUGACAGGACAAAGAGGACAUGCUGUUUAUAUGACGAUGAUUUAUUGAGAUGUUUGAUGAAGGAUCAGAUAUGUAAUAGAGUAUAAGGCCCUGUCUGGUAGUAUGCAGCCAAGUGUUUAUGUGUUAAAUCCUCUCUCUGUUAAACUGUGGUUCUUAUCAGAAGAAGCUGUCCUGUAGUACAUCUGACAAGAUCUUACAUUUACAGAAACCUUCACGUAUAUAGAGCUAUGUUUAUUGUCAUACUUAAGGUACAGACUUUAAACCAAGUUUUUUUGUAAAUACAGAGAAUGCAUACAUUAUUCUGCAAAUUUUAUAUUAAGAAAUGAAUGUGCUUUUAAUAACAUAGAUGGUUUUUAUGCUAGAUGAUUGAAGAAGACUAGUUUGGCUAAUUUGAGAUAGCUUUGGUAUUAGCAGACCUUUGUUAUAUGUAUUUCUUGUAUUUGUAUUCUGCUAUGUUUUUUAUGCUGAAGUGCAGGAGGAGUAUGUAGACUGACCGGGUUAUGUGGACAGUAUCAGAACUCCUGCAGUACGUGUGUGUGUGUGUGUGUGUGGGUGCACGCUCAUUUGUGUGCGUGUGUGUCCCUGCGAGUGUGUUGCUGCUGCUGUGUGUGCAUGUGGCGUGUCGGCCAAUAAGCGCAUGCAUAGAAAUGUCGCAUGAGUCCAGGAAUCCGGGAUCCUCUAGCAUGGAAUGACUGUCGCACCAAGUUAACUAACUCUUCCAUCUUAACUAUCUUCCUUUGUGAUGUUGCUUUUGUGUCAGUUGUUGGACAACUUGUAAGUAGAUGUAAUGUUUAGAUUUCACCUGCUGCUGAGCGACUACUGAGUGUUACACCUGAACAAUGGUAUGAAAUUCAAUAUUAAGACUUCAGAUUAGAAAUGAGGCACAAGUAUUUUAUGACCUCUUCUCCGUACCUCAGAAAUGUUGUAUUUACACACAGAAUUGCUCAGUAUGGGCUCUGUAGUUUUGUGCCAACCCUCAGUGGAAUAUUUAGGUUUACAGGUGCUUCGAUUUGGUCUCAAAAUUUCUAAUAUUAGCAAAUUUCUACACUAUACAUUUUUUAUGUUUGUUGCAUUGAUAUUAAUAAACCUCACGUCUGGUGUAUGUGGCAUGGAAAACAAAAGUGCAUGGAAAACAAAAGCAAAUGAAUAUUGUAGGUGGAUUAUGAAUGAGUUAAAUAGAGCAGAAAUAGAGGAGGUCCUCUGUGAUUCAGACAGUCAUCUUCCAUCCUCAAGCAGGUAAACAAAGUGUCUCACAUUGAGAGUUUUGAGGAAUGUAAUGUUUGAUUGUAAUUUCUGCAUGUAAGGUGGCAUUUCAACAUUCCCUUGUAGUAUCUUAUUUAAAGCAUUCCACCAUGCCAUUUAAUAAUGUAGAUUCUACUAGGAAUGAUAAAUCUAUUUAUUAUUGUUAUGUUAUGGAUUCCAGGACAGUGUUUAAGUUUAUAGGUUUAUCCACUCUUUGUUUUUCUUUUCAAAAAUGUUCUCCCUCUGUCCAUUGUGAAAGGUAACAUGAAUAAAUAAAUGUAUGAGACGA